AUGAGUGAGGUAGACCCCAUCCCCGUGAUCGAGAAGGAAGAGCAGUUAUGGACGGAUAACGACAACCAUGUACCGCGCCAACCUUCGAAAUAUCUCGGAUUUGUUGCGGGUACCGCUUCUGGGUUCAUGAAGAACCUCGUCGGGCAUCCCUUCGAUACCAUAAAGGUGAGAUUGCAAACGUCUUCACGGUUCACGGGCACGCUUAAUUGUUUGUUGGAGACGUUGAGGAAAGAGGGAGUCUCGGGGCUAUACAAGGGUAUGUUUUCGUUGUUCACAAAGGAAAGCAUCUCGGAUUGUCAUACGUACAAGAAAAGGCACGGGUUGUUUCUGGACUCACGCGCCACGCUUGGUUGCUGUGGACGAGCCAACAACAGAAAUGGGCCAUGACACGAGACACGCGUGUUUCGGAAAUAGUUUCAAUUUUACUAACUCACAGCCAGGGUUCACUCCGCCGUUAGUCGGCUGGGUUUUGAUGGAUGCCACGAUGUUGGGCAGUUUGCAUUUUUACCGACACUGGCUCAUGGAAAACGUGUAUCCAGACCAUCUGCAAUUGCCACUUCUGGGACACGCGAUUGCCGGUUUUGGAAGCGGCAUGACGGUGAGUUUCGUUGCUGCUCCAGUGGAACAAAUCAAGGCGCGGUUACAGGUUCAAUACGGCGCCAAAACGAGAUUGUACACGGGGCCAAUUGACUGUUUGAAAAAAGUGUACGACAGUGCGGGGAUUCGCGGUAUAUAUCGUGGUCUAUUCGCCACCAUGGUGUUCAGGUCGAAUUUCGUCUUUUGGUGGAGCUCCUACGAGAUCUUUAAGCAAUGGUUCCAAAAGUCGACAAAAAUGUCGGACCCAUCCAUCAAUUUUUUCAGCGGCGGGUUGAGUGCCACCGUGUUUUGGAUAUUUGCCUACCCCGCAGACGUGGUCAAGCAAACCAUAAUGACGGAUUCGCCCGUACCUUCUGAACGGAAACUCCAUCGCUAUAGGGAUGCAGUUCGAUAUAUUUAUGACACCAGAGGUCUUCUGGGCUUUGGUAGGGGCUUUUUGCCGUGUAUAUUGAGGAGUUUUCCUGCAAAUGCUGCCGCGUUGGCUGCGUUUGAAGCUGUAAUGAAACUAUUCACCGAGGGAUCGUGA